AUGUACCAGCCCCUGCUCGAGCUGCCGUCUGGGGCCGCCGCCGCAUUUGUCGCCGGGGACCGGCUGCUUGGGGAGGCCGCGGGGUCGCUCUACGGCAGCGGCCACCGCGCCUCCUUCGAGGCGCAGGGCGGGGCGGUGUACCCGGUGUGGAAGCUCGCAAAUAGAAACGUGCUUGGCCGCGGCGCCCGCCGGGCGUCGUCGUCGUCGUCCCCAUCGCCGCUGUCGUCGUCGUGGUGGCGGCGGCAGCGGGCGUUCGAGGCGGCGCGGUGGCUGCUGCGCCCCGUGGCCGCGGCGGUGCCGCUGCUGCGUCUCGUGUUUCCGUUCGCGGUGCCCGUCUCCGCCGGCUGCGCGCCGCGGCCGCUGCGCCCCGCCGAGUGCCCGGAGGGCGUCACCGCCAUGGCGUUCCACCCCGACCGCAUGGCGUUGGCGGCCGCCGUGGACGAGGGCGCCGGCUGCUCGCGGGUCGUCGUGUACGACGUCGCGGAGGGGAAGGAGACGUGCGUUCUGACCCACGCCUUUCAGCGCAACGUGCACUGCGUCGCGUGGAAGCCGCGCUCGCGGGACGUGCUGGCGGUCGGCUGCGACGGCGGGGCGCUGGUGUGGUCCCUCUCCUUCGGCGCCGCCCCCGCCGCCACCGUCUACGGCGGCGGCAGCAGCGGCAGCAACGGCGCGGCGGAGACGGAGGACCGCAUGGCGCACUGCCUCUUCUACCGCUGCACCCCGCAUGUGCCGACGACGUGCCUCGGCUUUUCCUGCCGCGACGGGCGCUACUUGGCGUGCGGCAGCACGGAGCACAUCGCGCUGCACUUCCACGACGUCCGCUUGCCGCCGUCCAGCUCCCUGCUCAGGAGCAGCGUGUCGGUGGAGGGCGCCACGGAGGACGUCCUCUUCGCCGACGACGACACUUUUGCCGUGAAGCUCGUCUGCGGGACGAGCGCCGUCGUGUUGAUCGCCUUCCCCAGCUGCGUGGAGGCCGUCGUCCCCACCGCGGCGCCGGUGCUGGCGAUGGCGAAGGCGCGGGCGCUGGGCCCGAACCACUUCUUCCUGCACUGCGCGCAGGUGGAGGGGGUCGCGGUGGCGCACGUCAACCCGUUCGUCGGCGUGCAGGUCCUCGCCCUCGUGUCGACGGGGGUGGCCGGCGGCGUCGGCGGCGGGGUGCGGCGCAUGGCGUGCAGCGGCAGGCGCCUGUACGUUGCGCUCGAGACGGGGCACCUGCUCGUCUGCCACUACGGCCGCCGCGGCGGCGUCUGCGCCCUCCUCCCGGUGGGCGUCGCGGAGCUCGAGGCGGCGCGGCUCGCGGUGUUCGACGGCUUCCCCCGCGGCUCGCUGCUGGCGGCGGUGGAGGCGUCCGACCAGUCGGUUGUGUUUGUGCCCUCCUACCACGCCUAG